AUGUCCAGCGCCUCCGUGACGUCGUCACCGAAGCCUGGCGGGGCCCCGGGUUCACCACGGCCCGAGCGGGGCGCCGACCCCUCCGCAAACCCGCCCGGCCGCAGGGUCCGCGCCGGGGCAGGGAGGCGUCGCUGCCCGCCGCCUGCCUGGUGCCCCCGGCCCCUCGGCGAUGGGCCCCUCCCCUGUCGCGACCCCGGUCCAUUCUCCAGGCCACCGUCGUGUGUCCCCGCGCCCGGCUCCCCGCCUUCAUCCGACGCUUCGCGACAGCCAGAAGGACGCUUUUCCAUCCAAAGCGGCAUCACGGACUCGGCUGUCACCUUCCGAAGCUCCCACGCCGCGUCUGCAGCCGGAUCCGUCGUGGGCGCCCGGCCCCCAGCUGGGGAGGUGCUGGCCUCAGGUGGGUGGAGGCCGGAGAUGCUGCAGCACCCAGGAAGCUCUCUCACAGCGGAGAAUCAUCCAGCCCGGAUGCCGGCGGUGCAGAGGCUGAGAAGCUCUGGGGACUGGGCUCCAUGUGCUGGGGUUUCCUUGCGCGACGGGCGUGAGACUGAAUCGCAGCUGACAGACUUGAGUGGAAGUGUGCUGCGGGGUCUCCGAGAAACGCUCUCUCGCUCCUGAGAAGAGGACUGGAAGAGACCAUUCUCCUUCUUCUGGCUGUUGUGUUCAGAUGUGAUGUCUGGAGCCGGUGCAGCCACCUUGAGACCAUGAAGGGACUCAGCAACAUCCAGCAAAGUGGGAAACGCGUGUGACAUUUAAUCCAGCAAUUUCCCUUGUGGUAUUUGCUGCGGAGAAAUCCGUACGUGAGCACAUCAGAGACGGACAUACAAGCACCUCUCGCACCAUGAUUGUCCCUAAAGCCCAGGAACACAUGGUAUUUGUGUGAAAAUGAAUAACUAAAAUGGGAUGUAACUAAAACACGUGAAUAUUCAGCACUGAGAGUGAGUAAGCUCUAUAAAUAGGUGCAUGUCACAGACAU